AUGGAAAUUCGUUGGGUUUGGGGUGCUAAUCUCAAUGACCUUGUUCGUGAAAAUGCUACUCUCACCUUCGGCCAUGAUGGUAAUUUAGUUCUUGCAGAUGCAGAAGGUCGUAUUGUUUGGCAAACUAACACAGCCAACAAAGGUGUUAGCGGUAUUUCUAUGAAAUCUAACGGAAAUUUAGGUCUUCAUGAUAAAAAAGGGAGAUUUAUCUGGCAGAGUUUCCAGCACCCAACUGAUACUCUUUUAGUUGGUCAAUCACUUCAGCUCAAAGGUACUAGUACCAAACUCGUAAGCCGUACAUCAAACCAAGACAGUCGUAGUGGUCCUCACAGUAUGAUGAUUGAUAACAAAAAAGUAUUGAUAAUGUUUCGAAACCAUUCAGGUAAACUUGUUCCAUAUGCAGGUUGGAAAACAAUGGGUCUUUUAAACGUGACAUUUCAUUCUGUUAAAAUAUUUGAUCUAGUUCAAGAUACAGGGCGAUUGUUUGAACGUCCAACGGGGAACACCACUUAUUUCUUAACACUGGGUUACGCUAACCGAACUCGAAGAGUUUUACUUACGAAAUUGGGUGAAGUUUAUACUGACUCGUUUCUUAGGUUAGAACAAGAUGGAAACCUCAAACUUCAUAUCUACGUUAUGGGUGGAUAUGAGGAAAUACGUUAUUAUUAUUGGCAGUCACGAACAUAUGCAUUUUUUGGAAAUACUGUGAAAGAAUGUGCAUUACGAUCAAAAUGUGGUACAUAUGGGAAGUGUGAUAGGCGAUUGUGUAGCGCUUUCCCUCGUAACAGUUCACCAGGAUGUGUUAUCACUAUAUGA